AAAACCGGCCAACUCGGCCCUCUCGGCCUAGUUAUGUUCUGUACACGGUCUUGAUAUUUCAUCUCGGCAGUACAUUUUGUGUUAUAUUAUUGUAAAAUAUAUAGUACUGAUGUCAGCAUUGACUGCGGAGGUUGUGGCGCCAGAGGCGACUGGGCGUGCAGAUGCAGAACAGAUACAAGUGCGAAUGAUGCGGCGCGAGGACGCGGCGGCCGUGCACGAGAUGAUACAUGAAUUAGCGACGUUUGAGGGAGUACCGGAUGGGCCGAAGCUCAGCGAGCAGGAUUUAAUAGAAGACGGUUUCGAAAGCUCACCAUCGUGGUUUUUUGGACUGGUAGCCGAGAAGGACGGGCGGAUGGUAGGGCACGCGAUGUGCAACCGUGCAUACUCGAGCUGGACACGUCGCGCCUUCUACAUCGAGGACCUGUACGUGCGGCCGACAGCACGCCGCGGCGGCGUCGCUCGCCGGCUGCUGCAAGAGCUCUGUAGGAUAGCGGUAGCGGAGGGCGUGCACCGCGUGGACUGGCACGUGCUGGAGAACAAUGCCGACGCGCUGGCAUUCUACUCGCGACUCGGAGCACGCGACUUGCGAGUCACGGAGGGCCGCGCGGCGCUGCGCCUCGACCGGCCGCGCAUCGAGGCCGUCGCUGGAGGACACUUGCUGUCUGCCGUCAAAGACGAAGCGGUUGAACCUGCACUUAAUAGCUAAAACUAUUUUGUUAAUUAUGUGUCUCAAGUUUAUAGUUUAUACUUUUUUUUUAUUUUAAUAUCUGCUACGAGUGACGUGGUUUUAACGCCAGUAUUUAAUCAUUAUUAAUAUAUGAACUAUUUUGAUGUUACAUAAAUAAUAAAGGAAAAUAAAAAACCGA